AAACGCGCGCGGGAGGAGAUGGAGACGCACCUGAGGACGAGCUCCGUGUGUCUGUGUCUGCAGGCUGCUGAACAGGAUGGCUGCUGAGGAGCGGCACAUGACGUCCAGCUGUGGCUCCUACAUCAAGACAGAGCCCUCCAGUCCGUCCUCUCUGGUGGACACAGCCAGCCACCCCAGUCCCGGCGCACAUUCGGACGCCAGCGGCGGCUACGGCAGCGCCAUCAACAGCCACUCCAACGGCCUGGACUCUCCGCCAAUGUUCACGGUGGGUGGGCCGCUGAGCGCAGCGGGUAGUGCCUGCCGCAAACGCUACGAGGACUGUUCCAGCACGUUACUGGAGGACCCCGGCUCCAUCAAGUGCGAAUACAUGCUCAACUCCAUCCCAAAACGCCUGUGCCUGGUGUGUGGAGACAUUGCGUCAGGGUAUCACUACGGCGUGGCCUCCUGUGAAGCCUGCAAGGCCUUCUUCAAGAGAACAAUACAAGGUAACAUCGAGUACAGCUGUCCGGCCACCAAUGAGUGCGAGAUCACGAAAAGAAGACGCAAGUCCUGUCAGGCGUGCCGCUUCAUGAAGUGCUUGAAAGUGGGCAUGCUGAAGGAAGGUGUUCGGCUAGAUCGCGUACGAGGAGGCCGACAGAAAUACAAGAGGAGAAUGGAUGCAGGAAACACAGCCUACCUGGGGCUCACACUGCCACUGCCAGCCAAAAAACCCUUGACGAAGAUCGUGUCCCAUCUGCUGGUAGCGGAGCCGGAGAAGAUCUACGCCAUGCCGGACCCCACCAUGCCCGAGAGCGACAUCAAAGCCCUGACCACACUGUGUGACCUGGCCGACCGCGAGCUGGUGGUCAUCAUCGGCUGGGCCAAACACAUCCCAGGUUUCUCCAGCCUGUCUCUGGGAGACCAGAUGAGUUUACUGCAGAGCGCAUGGAUGGAGAUCCUGAUCCUGAGCAUCGUCUUCCGCUCGCUGCCCUACGAGGACGAGCUGGUGUACGCGGAGGACUAUGUGAUGGACGAGGAGCACUCGCGGCUCACGGGCCUGCUGGACCUCUAUGUGUCCAUCCUACAGCUCGUGCGCAAGUACAAGAAACUCAAGGUGGAGAAGGAGGAGUUCGUCACGCUGAAGGCCAUCGCACUCGCCAACUCAGACUCCAUGCACAUAGAGGACGUGGAGUCCGUUCAGAAGCUCCAGGACGCCCUUCACGAAGCGCUGCAGGACUACGAGAGCUGUCAGCACACAGAAGACCCUCGGCGGGCGGGGAAGCUGCUCAUGACGCUGCCGCUGCUCCGGCAGACGGCCACCAAGGCCAUCCAGCACUUCUACAGCAUCAAGAUGCAGGGCAAGGUGCCCAUGCACAAACUCUUCCUGGAGAUGCUGGAGGCCAAGGUCUGAUUGGCCGCUCGUCGAGUGACAUCAUCGGGGCCAGAGACUGCGGAGGACGGCUUGAGACGUUUUUAAAGACCUGAAAAAAUAAUAACUUGGUUUAAAACAUAAAUAUAAAUGGAAAAAUAAUUUAAAAAUCUAUAACAAAUACUAUGUACUUGUACAGUGAUGCUUUUUGUUCUUGAUCUGUGCUUAUAUAUGAUGGAAGACACUGUAAGUCAUUUCAGAGCGAGUAGUCAUUUUUUUGUUCCGCUAACUCUCUGUACGUGUCGCCAACAACCUCAGUCCGGCCCUCGGACGACGCCAGGACUCCUUGAGGACUUGUAAAUAUUCAUGGCAGGAUUUGGCCGAGGCUGGACGUGGAAGCUGCUGCCGGUUCUUCCCUAAAUGUGAACUUGCUGACGUCCUUGAAAAUACCUCUUCUUGAAUCCUGGGAGGACGGCGAUGGUGACGCGUUCAUCCGGGAUCUCAGUCAGCUUACUCUAGUAACUCAGCAAUAAAUCGAGCCGAUGAGGAGCGCCACCUCUUGAGUUGCACUGUACUGCUUUUUUCUGUGUCGGCCUAAAUGUAGUCGGGUGGAGGUAUUGAAGGAUUUACGACGUGUGGCAGACGUCCAGGACGCUCCGUGUUCAAACAAUCAGAUGCCCGUAUGUCAACUGGCCUAUUUUGGGCUUGUUAAGCCACCGGCAGAGGAAACGAGGUGCCCGUCAUCAUCUGCUUUUAUAGCCAUGUAUCUGAAUGAAGGUGGGCGGCAGGUGCGGGUCUUUAUCACCAGCUUUAUUUUUAGGUCUUGGAAGUGGACAGCAGAUUGAACAGGAGGGUGUUUGACCUCAUGUUGACACAAUAGCAUCACUUCAGAAAUGGCCUUCGAUCUCGCCGGCCCUAUAAACAGCUUAUUACCCCUAGAUCCACUUGACAGCAGUGUGGUCAUAGUCCGAGUUAUCCAUUAGGAAUAUCCCGAGAAGCAUUAGCUGUGAAAACAGCAGCAGUGUCACUGAGUGGACCGAGACGUCUGCGGACGCUAAUGAUGUCAUUUACUUGAAGUGAACUGUGGCGCUGUCGGGAUUCGAUACUGAAGGACUGAGGGUUCGAUUGUGUCCUGGGGUGCGUUUCCCAAAAGCAGCUAUGCUCGUUACCGACAUAGUUUAGCGAUUCAGUAGCUAUGUUUCCAUCCAGUGUUACAAAUUAAACUGGAAUAUCCCUUAAAACACUUGUGAAGAAAGCAUCCAGUGAGUUCAAGAGUACAAAAUCGUCACUUCUUGAUUAACUAAAUAUCACCAACAACAAAUGAAUUUGCUGCAGUAGGAGAAGGCACUGUAUAUAAUCAUUUCUGUAUACAAUAAAUUACAAGCUUUAGAGCACGCAGACGAAAUGCGGUCAUGUCUUAUUUUUGGAGUAUGCUGUUUAGGAACGCAGUUAAUUAUAGCAAAGCACUUUGACGAGACUUUGCGCAAGCAUUUUAGAAUGACAAACCUAGCAUUUCAGAUGCUGUGCAAUGAGAUCGGUCCACUGGUUGGUACAGUUAUGCUGUCCCAUCACAAAGUCACAAGUCUGUUUUGAUGCGCAUUAAAGAAUUUAUUUGGUAAAGGUGUUUCUAUCGUAGCUUAUGCGCAUGUUUUCUUACUGGAUAAGAAGUCUAUCCUACUUCGCAUAUGUUUUUUAUGUGCAUUCUUAGAAUUCAUGCACAUCUUGCGUGAUUUUUUUUUUUUUUUUUUGUGAUAUCCCAAAAUGUGCAUAACUAGUGUUUCUUAAAACCAAAUGUUUGCAAACAGCAACUUUUGACCAGCGGUUAGAAGCAUUUUGUUGGUAUGACAUGGACUUCAAUAGAUCAUACUCAAUUUGCACAUUAGGCAAGAAAACAUGCAGUGAAUUCUAUAGCCUUCAUUGCAUUUAAAUCAAUCGAGUUGUGCAGUUGUGACAUCACAGGCUUCAGGUUUUUCAAAUGGGUUUUUUUUAAUUCAUGAUACGUGGAUUUUUUGUUCUCCAAUGUUAACUGCACACACUCAUGCCUCCAAACGCUCUUAUGUACAUACUGCAAACAUACAUUUUAAAAAAUAAACAUAAUUGCCUUAAUGUUUUCAUUCUGGGUGUGUAUAAUUUACAUUGUAGAGCAAAACGUCCAAGUAUUGUCAAUUUAAAUUUACCACAUACAUUUUUCUCAUGUUGAAAAAUCCCAUGAUAAAAACCCUUUGGAAAAUCUGUGGCGAAUUAGUCUUCAGGGUUUUGGCGUCACUGCUGCAGCACAUAAUUUAGGUUAGACAAUAAUCAGCUGCAUUUUGAAGAGCGUACAUGUAAGUUAAAGUUUAAGCAAACCUCAUAAGAGUAGCCCACGAUAAAUCAAACAUCAAAUGGGAAUCACAAAUAGUUAUAAUAAUCCAUUUAAACCUAUUACGCACUGCAUACUAAUUUGAUUUUAAAAAGCGAAUGGCUUUCUGUUUUUUGUAUAAAUUAACUAUAAUGAUCUGACAUAAAAAGUGCGUCACAUUAUCGAAAUUAGCAGAAAAGGUCCAUUGUCAAUAGUAUAGAGAUGU